GCAGGGCGUGGUGGGAAGCUGAGCUUGCGGUCUCCCUGCUGUUGCUGCGGGCCAAGGUUUCCCUGGACGAGUUUCACCUCCGCGGCUUCACCAUGGCUGGCCCUGGCCCCGGAGCGGCGCUCGAGUCCCCCCGACAGCUCCUGGGCCGCGUGCGCUUCCUGGCCGAGGCGGCGCGGAGCCUCCGGGCCGGGCUGCCGCUGCCCGCGGCGCUGGCUUUCGUGCCGCGAGAGGUGCUCUACAAGCUCUACAAGGACCCGGCGGGACCGUCGCGCGUGCUGCUGCCUGUGUGGGAGGCAGAGGGCCUGGGGCUGCGUGUAGGUGCCGCGGGCCCUGGCCCCGGCACCGGCUCGGGACCGCUGCGCGCCGCCCGCGACAGCAUUGAGCUCCGGCGUGGCGCCUGUGUGCGCACCACCGGCGAGGAGCUGUGCAAUGGCCACGGCCUCUGGGUGAAGUUGACCAAGGUGCGCCCCGGUGGGCCGGGACCCAGCCAAAGACCCCCCUGGAUCCGGCCAAAGCCGUGGUUGGUUGUUCCGCCCUCUUUUCCCAUAGAGCAGCUGGCCGAACACCUGAGUGACUGCGGACUGGACGAAGGCUGGCUUCUGGUAUGUCGCCCGGCGGAGGGCGGGGCCCGCCUUGUACCCAUCGACACUCCAGACCACCUGCAGCGGCAGCAGCAGCUCUUCGGUGUAGACUACCGGCCGGUGCUCAGAUGGGAACAGGUGGUGGACCUGACAUACUCACAUCGCCUAGGGUCCAGGCCUCAGCCAGCAGAGGCCUACACGGAAGCGAUACAAAGACUACUCUAUGUGCCCCCAACAUGGACAUUUGAGUGCGACGAGGACCUGAUCCACUUCUUAUAUGACCACCUGGGCAAAGAAGAUGAGAACCUGGGUAGUGUGAAGCAGUAUGUGGAAAGCAUAGAUGUUUCCUCCUACACGGAGGAGUUCAAUGUGUCCUGCCUGACGGAUAGCAAUGCAGACACCUACUGGGAGAGCGAUGGGUCCCAGUGCCAACACUGGGUACGGCUUACCAUGAAGAAAGGCACAAUUGUCAAGAAGCUGCUACUCACAGUGGAUACCACAGAUGACAACUUCAUGCCUAAGCGGGUAGUGGUCUAUGGGGGUGAAGGGGACAACCUGAAGAAGCUGAGUGACGUGAACAUUGACGAGACUCUGAUUGGGGAUGUCUGUGUCUUGGAGGACAUGACUGUCCACCUUCCAAUCAUCGAGAUCCGAAUCGUUGAGUGUCGAGAUGACGGGAUUGAUGUUCGUCUUCGAGGGGUCAAGAUCAAGUCCUCUAGACAGCGGGAGCUAGGCUUGAAUGCAGACCUGUUCCAGCCAGCCAGUCUGGUGCGAUAUCCACGCCUAGAAGGCACUGACCCAGAAGUACUAUACCGAAGAGCUGUCCUUCUGCAGAGAUUCAUCAAGAUCCUGGACAGUGUCCUGCACCACCUGGUACCUGCAUGGGACCACACACUGGGCACCUUCAGUGAGAUUAAACAAGUGAAACAGUUCCUACUGCUGUCACGCCAGCGGCCCAGCUUGGUAGCACAGUGCCUUCGUGAUUCGGAAAGCAGCAAGCCCAGCUUCAUGCCACGGCUGUACAUCAACCGCCGCCUUGCCAUGGAACACCGUGCCUGCCCUUCUCGGGACCCUGCCUGCAAGAAUGCAGUCUUCACCCAGGUUUAUGAAGGCCUCAAGCCUUCUGACAAGUAUGAAAAGCCCUUGGACUACAGGUGGCCCAUGCGCUAUGACCAGUGGUGGGAAUGUAAAUUCAUCGCAGAAGGCAUCAUUGACCAAGGUGGUGGCUUCCGUGACAGCCUGGCAGAUAUGUCAGAAGAGCUGUGCCCCAGCUCAGCGGACACCCCUGUGCCUCUGCCCUUCUUCGUGCGCACGGCGAACCAGGGCAAUGGCACUGGUGAGGCCCGGGACAUGUAUGUGCCUAAUCCGUCUUGCCGAGACUUUGCCAAGUAUGAGUGGAUCGGACAGCUGAUGGGGGCUGCCCUUCGGGGUAAGGAGUUCCUGGUAUUGGCCCUGCCUGGGUUCGUGUGGAAGCAGCUGUCUGGUGAGGAGGUGAGCUGGAGCAAAGACUUCCCAGCUGUGGACUCCGUGCUGGUGAAGCUCCUGGAAGUGAUGGAAGGGAUGGACAAGGAGACAUUUGAGUUCAAGUUCGGGAAGGAGCUAACAUUCACCACCGUACUGAGUGAUCAGCAGGUGGUGGAGCUGAUUCCUGGGGGCACAGGCAUCGUGGUGGGAUACGAGGACCGCUCUCGCUUCAUCCAGCUGGUGCAGAAGGCUCGACUGGAGGAAAGCAAGGAACAGGUGGCAGCCAUGCAGGCAGGUCUGCUGAAGGUGGUACCACAGGCUGUGCUGGACCUGCUGACCUGGCAAGAGCUGGAAAAGAAGGUGUGUGGGGAUCCGGAGGUCACUGUGGAUGCUCUGCGCAAGCUCACUCGGUUUGAGGACUUUGAACCAUCUGACACGCGAGUGCAGUACUUCUGGGAGGCUCUGAACAAUUUCACCAAUGAGGACCGGAGCCGCUUCCUGCGCUUUGUCACUGGCCGCAGCCGCCUCCCAGCUCGGAUCUACAUCUACCCAGACAAACUGGGCUAUGAGACCACAGACGCUCUGCCUGAGUCUUCCACCUGCUCCAGCACGCUCUUCCUCCCGCACUAUGCCAGUGCCAAGGUAUGUGAGGAGAAGCUCCGCUAUGCCGCCUACAACUGUGUGGCCAUCGACACGGACAUGAGCCCCUGGGAGGAGUGAGGCUGUGCCUAAGCCCUCACCCGGGCCAACCCAGUUUGAGUCUCAACAGAAGGGACGAACACCUCAGCACAGUGGGCCCUGCGCUGUGUGCAGCUGCCGUGGGAGCCACGAGUAGACACUAGUGGUCCAGCCCCCGCAGACCCACAAGCCCUCCUCCUCCUGGGGCUUGCUCUGUGAGAGGCAUCUUCCACAAGCCCCGCCGCACAAGCUGCCAGGCCUGAGCUACUUGAAGGGGGCCUCUAGCUCCCCAACCCGAGGACUUUGACCCCAUCUUUGGUCUCCCCCAUUUCCCCCUCUUUUCUAGCUUCAGCCACGGCUCAAAAUGUUUAAAAAUUGAUAGGAUGGUACUUCAAGCAAGGAGCCAAGGACACAGAGUGGUCAUCUUCCUUGGUCACGUAUCCCCAAGAAUGAGGCCCCAGUUGCAUACCCCAGCCCUUGCAUACUAGUCUUCUCCCUCCCAUAGCAGAGGUGUGUGAGCUUUGUCCUUCCAGCGGCUUAGAAUGUCCGUCCACUCGACGUUGAGUCUUUCCUCAUCCCCUCUGCGUGAUGCCAGCCCAACUCCUUGUCUGCUCCUUCAACCACCCCCCAGAUCUCACACAGUCGUGGAUCCUUUUACCGUACUCUAAAAUAUUUAAAGCCUAGACGUUAAACCUGCUCCGAGGGCUGUGUACACCCUGAGAGCCUCCAUGACACUCCUUUAGAAGGUCUUGCACAUGGGAAAAUUGAAUAAAUUAAUGCGUUCAUUUC